AUGUUCUUGAAUAUUCUGCUAUCAGGCAGCUUUUCAAGAGAUCCGCGAACAGUUUUUAUAGAUCCACGCGUAGAAGGAGACUGUUUUAGUAGUCCUUGCUCAAUUUCAAACGCAGCACGCGUUAUCAGAACAGCAGAUACAGUUCACUUUCCAGAAAAUUAUAAAAUUUCUCUUACUUCGUAUCCAUCAGAGUUUAGUGAUUUAAUUGUGCAACUAUCUUUACAUAAUACCACAGUUCAUUCUCAUGGAACAAUAGUUGAUGGCAGUAAUCUAGCCGGGUCUAUUGGUGUUGAGUUAGUUAGUCAUCCGCAUUAUACAUGGUCCGUCUUAAUCGGUUGGACUUUUCGAAAUUUUUCGAAACCAAUAUUUUUACGUGAUCAACUUUGGUCGUAUGCACCAUAUAUGGUAUUUAGAGAUUGUACAUUUGAAUAUUGUGACGAUUCUAUCUUUAAAUUAGCAGGAGGAAUGUUCAUCUUUGAAAACUGUGUAUUUAAUCAUAUAUCUGAAUAUCCAGUGCGGUGCGAAUACCAAGUUCAUCUUGAAUUUGUUGAUUGCAAGUUUACAAAUUGCAAAUCUUUAUUUAUUAGAAAAUCAGAUGCGAUAUUUACGAAUUGCGUAUUCAAAGAUACAUUUGGAGAUAGAGGUGGAGCUAUAUAUGCUGAAAAAUCCACUCUUUACGUUAAUCAUUGCUUCUUUAUUCAUACAAAUGCUUCUUCAAACGGAGGAGCAAUAUACAUCAGAGAUUCCAUUCCGAAAUAUGAAUCAGAGAUAACAAAUUCAUCAUUCAUUGAGACAAACGCACAAGGAAAUGGCUCAGCAAUUUUCAUUUACAAAUCAUCAGUGAAUCUCACAAAUAAUUGCCUUCCAUCCAAGGAUUCUAUACAUUACCAAGACAGUCAAGAUUUAUCUACCAAUAUUUCUUAUUCUAAUUGCGAAGAUUGGCUUAAUACAGAUAAUAUUGAAGUAAUUUCUGAUGAUUUCACUCCAGUUGAUACUUUUAAACUUUGGAAACUUGAUGACUUAAAAGACGGAACGACAAUUUCCAUUGAAGAUGAAGAUGAACUCGAUAUUGAAUUAUAA